AUGGCUCCGCUCCGCCGCCUCUGCCUCUGGCUGCUCCUCGCUCUGCUGCCGCCGCCUCCCGCGGCACCGGCGCCGGCGCCGCUCCGCCGCCCGGACUGGGCCGCCUGCAGGGUCCUGUCCCGGGAGCUCUCGCGGCUGCUGGGGACCGUCAGAGAGCCGCACCCGGUGCUGGAGGGGAUGCAGCUGCUGGAGGAGGAACCCCAAAAUUGGCCACCCCGGAUCCGCUGCAGCGACGCCUGCGACCCCCUGACGCUGGAGAGCAACCACACGCGCUGCCUGCACCGGAUCCGCCAGGCGCUCCAGCACUACCGGGACCUGCUGGGCUCCGACAUCUUCCGGGACCAGCCCCAGCCCCAGCUGGAGACCACGAUGGAGCAGCUGCUGCGCCACGUCCAGGACGGGCACGGCCGCCCCCCCCGGCACCCCCUGGCCCCCACCAAGGUCUGGGAGCAGCCGCUCCAGCGGCACCUGGCGCUGAAGCGGCUCCGCUCCUUCGCCGCCGUCAUGAGCCGCGUCUUCAACCACAGCGCCCGCUGA